AUGAGUUUAGGGAAAACACCACGAUACCUCUCCUUUGAAAUUAAUAAAAGUGUUAAUGAACACCAAACACAUACACUGUUUAUAUCUAAUAUAAAUUCAGAAGUAAGCAGUGAAGCUUAUUAUCAAUUAUUAGAAUCAUUUGGGGAAAUUGAGGCUAUCAAUUUUGAAACAAAAAGUCGAGGAUUUAUAAUUGUAACGUAUUAUGAUAUAAGAAGUGCUAAAAUUGCCAUAAAAAUCUUACAAAAAACUGUAAUUGGAAAUCAAACUCUUGAAGUCCAUUAUACUAUUUCUCGUGAUAAAAAUCAAAUUAAUCAUGGAAGUAUUGUUGUUUUUAAUUUAGAUGAAACUAUCACAAAUACUUUAAUUCACCAAAUAUUUUCACAAUUUGGAGAAAUUAAAGAUAUCAGACAAACUCCAAACAAAAAACAUCAUAGAUUUAUUGAAUUUUUUGAUUUACGUUCAGCAGAAAAAGCAUUAAAAACAAUGAAUAAAAGUGAAUUAAAUGGGAAGAAAUUAAAAAUUGAAUUUUCACGUCCUGGUGGAAGAGAGACUGGAUUUAUUACAGAAGAAUUAAUAGAAAGAUACAAUAAUGCUGAACGUCAAAGAGCUCAAAGUGAUCCUUGUGUUUGUUUAGUUCGUACAACUAAACAAUCUAAUAAUGGAGAUGGUCUUUUUACAUUAAAACAACGUCAGCGAGCACAAACAUCUAUUCGUUUAAAACAUACUAAAUCUUCACUAGUUGAGUUUCAAGAAUACAUCGACUGUGAAACACCUCAAGAAAAUUCAUUAUUCUCUCGUACUCCUGAACAACUUCUUUCUGAUAAUACAAUGUAUUCUGAUACAUAUGACAAUAAUAGUGAAAAUAUUUGUUUGUAA